AUGAACUUUUGUACAGUGUUGUUGUUGUGCAUGUUCAAUGAAUGAAUUCUGUUGCGUGAUUUUAGACAUUUAAUUUGUUUAGUGUGUUUAUUGCUUUUGUUUGAUGAUUCAGAUCCUGAACGAGAAUCCGCCCAUUAUUUGUUACUCUAAAUCAAGAUGUUUUUUUGGAAAACCUUGUACGUUUUGCUUUUAUGGAUCACAUCGUGUGCAACAGUUGAUGAGAUGGUGGUCAUUCCUGGUGGGAAAAUGAUGAUGGGAACCAAUGCAGGUGAUGGGAGAGACGGGGAAUCACCAACACAAGCUGUGACUGUCCAACCAUUUAAAAUAGACAAAUAUCCUGUUACUAACUCUGACUUCAGGGAAUUUGUCAGGACGCAGAAAUAUAUAACAGAGGCUGAAAAUUUUGGUUGGAGUUUUGUGUUCCAGGACUUUGUUUCUGAUGAACUAAAAAGUAAAGUCACUCAGAAAAUUGAGUCUGCUCCUUGGUGGUUACCUGUGGAGAAGGUGUACUGGAGACAGCCAGCAGGUCCAAGCUCUGGGAUCAAAGACAGGAUGAAAUUCCCUGUGGUCCAGGUUAGCUGGAAUGAUGCACGAGCGUUCUGUCAAUGGAAACAGAAAAGGCUGCCGACUGAAGAGGAGUGGGAAAUGGCUGCACGUGGAGGUCUUGAAGGCAGGACAUACCCAUGGGGAAACAAGUUCCUGCUAAACUGCACUAACCUUUGGCAGGGCCCAUUUCCAGAUGGGGACACAGCAGAAGAUGGCUAUCAUGGCACAGCUCCUGUAACUGCCUUUCCUCCACAGAAUAACUAUGGUCUAUACGACAUGCUAGGUAAUGUCUGGGAGUGGACGUCCUCACGGUUUCCUGGUCCUCAGACCAUGUAUGUCCUGCGUGGUGCGUCAUGGAUUGAUACAGUAGAUGGCUCAGCCAAUCACAGAGCUCGUGUCACCACAAGGAUGGGAAACACACCAGACUCCGCCUCUGAUAACCUGGGCUUCCGCUGUGCUGUGAGCUCAAACUCAAAGAAGAAAGACAAAACACGAGUUGAGCUUUAAGAGAUAAAUUUGUUCCACUGAAUGGAUUGAUCACACAGUGAUUUAUUAUGAAAUUAAUAGUACAUUUCUCCUGUGGAGAAAUUAACUUUUGGAAUUGCGUUUACUUUUUUUCAUAAUUCUUUACAGUACUAAUAUAGUAAUAAUAGCCUCAGAUACAUCUUUUAAUUGUCUUUAUUUUUACUUUCUUUAUGACCAUCAUUAGAUAUUGAAACAACAUCAUAUAGACGGUUUCAUCGGAUGCACACCCCUGGCCCGCAGUUAACUUCCGGUCUGUGUUUGUUGAUCAGUCUGGCUAGUGGCUAACAAUAUAACUAUUUAUGUUAUAUUAAUUUUUAUUUUAUUGUAUGAUCAUUUUAUUAAGUAAUCAAUUUGUUGAAUGGAUUGUGUAACUUUGUCGCAUUUAGGUUCAGACAAGUGGAUCUUCAACUGGUAACCCCCCAAAUAUAGGUCCAAACUUUUGUGAAAGCUUACUUCGUUUGUUUAUGUUGUUGCUUAAGUCGUCUAUAUUAGAAAUAGUUUUAUUUGAGAUAAUACUGUUAUUAGGAUUUAAAAGACAAAACAAGCCCUUAAAAAUAAAAUACCACUUUCAUCUCACUGUGUAAAAGUGUAAAAAUAGAGUAUAAUAGAUAUAUAGCGGUAGUCAGUGUGGUACUUUUCUGAACCCGUUUCAAAUUUAAUUUGAAACUGUAAUUGAAUUACCCUUGAGGUAAAUUACAGACAUCUGGUUGUGACUGGAGAUGAUUUACCCUCACCAAGUCCUCAGUGAAACAUACAUCUCCUCAGCUGCAAUAAAAAGCAGAAUGGC